AUGCCUAUAAUCUAUCUAUCUAUCUAUGUAUGCUUAUUCACAACGACCUACUAUCUAUCUAUCUAUCUAUCUAUCUAUCUAUCUAUCUAUCUAUCUAAGACUAUUUGCAACUAUCUAUCUGUAUAUAUAUUCCUAUUUUCAACGAUCUAUCUAUCUGAAUAUAUAUGGUCAUUAGCAAUAGACUAUAAUCUAUCUAUCUAUCUAUCUAUCUAUCUAUCUAUCUAUCUAUCUAUCUAUCUAUCUAUCUAUCUAAGCUUAUUUACGACGAUCGAUCUAUCCCCUGUAAUCUAUCUAUCUAUCUAUCUAUGUAUGCUUAUUAGCAACGACCUACUAUCUAUCGAUCUAUCUAUCUAUCUAUCUAUCUAUCUAAGCCUAUUUUCAACGAUCUAUCUAUCUGAAUAUAUAUGCUUAUUUACAACGAUCGAUCUAUCUGUAUAUAUAUGGGCAUUAGCAACUGCCUAUAAUCUAUCUAUCUAUCUAUCUAUCUAUCUAUCUAUCUAUCUAUCUAUGUAUGCUUAUUAG